AUGACCCCAGACUUCCCGCCUUUGAAGAAUGACCUCUUACUUCGUGCUGCGCGAGGUGAGGUGACUGAGAGAGCACCUGUUUGGGUCAUGCGACAAGCUGGUCGUUAUCUCCCUGAAUUCCGUAAAGUGCGCGAAUCUCAUGAAUUUUUCGAAGUAUGUCGAAGCCCAGAGCUCGCCUCAGAGGUCACUUUACAACCUAUCGAGCGGUACACCGGGCUCCUGGAUGCAUCCAUAAUUUUCAGUGAUAUCCUCGUUAUCCCACAGGCGAUGGGAAUGGAGGUUCAGAUGAAUCCAGGCCCUUAUUUCCCUCAUCCUCUCGACACUCCCACAGACGUCGAAAAGCUGGCAUCUGUGGUCGAUGUUGAUAAGGAACUCAACUAUGUCUUUCAAGCCAUCACAAGGACAAGGAAAUGUUUGGGUGGUGAGGUUCCCUUGAUUGGGUUCUGCGGGGCGCCAUGGACACUUUUCGGAUACAUGAUUGAGGGUGGGGGAAGUAAAACGUACCAAAAGGCUAAAACCUGGAUUUUCAAAUAUCCAGAGGAGUCUAAAGCGUUGCUUGCGAAAAUCGCGGAUGUCUGUGUUGAUUUUUUGGUCGGUCAAGUCAAGGCUGGAGCGCAGCUUCUUCAAGUCUUCGAUUCUACGGCGGGGGAGUUGUCGCCACACGAUUUUUCCAUUUUUUCAUUUCCAACUCUGAAAUAUAUUUCUACAAAUGUCCGACGCCGGCUGGUGGAGGAGAACCUGCCAGCAACACCUAUGACACUUUUCGCAAAGGGCGCCAAUCAUGCUCUUGGGCUUCUCGCGGAACAUUCUGGGUACGAUGUCCUUGGACUGGAUUGGUGUAUAGACCCUGUCGAAGCUCGUCGCAUCGUCGGAAAAAAGGUAGCCUUACAAGGCAACAUGGAUCCCAAUGUUCUGUACGGCGGGCGAGACGCUAUUGAAAGUGCGGUCCAGCGGAUGUGUCAAGGCUUCCAAGCUGGGGAAGGCGGGUGGAUCGCCAAUUUGGGACACGGAAUCACUCCAGGCGUUGAUCCAGAAGAUUUGAAAUGGUUCUUCGAAUGCGUACACAAAUAUUCGUCUCGUUCUUGAUAAUUGGGCACAUAUCUUCGAUUACAUGUAGAUAUUGGAAUAAACUGUCAACAACCAGGAGUCCAGCGAACAAUCCUAAAGGUCAGACGUAGAAUGAAUUGGAAGAUGAUAACUGGUAUAAAUAGAGAAGACAGGAUAGAAAGCUAUGGCAAGUUAGGGGAAUGGGGAGAUUGCAUAUGACAUGAUGAGAGAGAAGGUGUAACUCUUUCCGGGUAGAUAUCAGGGGAAAUGAUCCCAAGUGGCCGAAGAUUUUGAAAAAUCACAUCAGUCGAAAGCAUAGAUAGUGGGAUAUCAGGCAACAACGUCUGCGGAGCUGAAGCUACUUCGUCUUCGCCGUACGCUUCUCAGUCCGGGACGUGUCGAUUUGGACGCUGGAACCACGACAGCGGCCGUGUUGGUCGCUACCCAAGCAUCAGAGCUGAGAGUUCCACUCCGUUUGAAACUAUUCACAUUCACCACUUCGCUAAGUGACGACACGUGGUGCGGUUUCUUCGAGGGAAUUAACGUGGGUAAUCGUGAAGGUGGU